AGGAAGGCCAUGCAAUACAGUGAUUCGUGUAUCCAUUAAGAACUGAAUUCCCAUUGGUUAAAUAAUAUUAUCUUUAUUGGUUGGUGAAAUAGAAGGAGUUCUAUUGCGCGCAUGGUGUGCGCAUUAUUAGUCUCUGUGAAGGUUGCAUCACUACACGUGAAGUUAGAGUAUUCGCGUCUUUUUUUAAGUUUUUCAUAAAUUUAAGCGAUAAAAACGUAUAAAAUCAAGAUGCUGACUGCUGCAAGAUUAUUAACUCGUAGUUGUAGCAAUAUAACCUGCGAUAUUACUAGAAAACAACAAUUUAGCACAAUUCUUAAAAAUGUUGUAGCUCCUACUUUGAACAUGCCCCAACGAUUUACAGAUUUGCAACAAUACAGAUACAAAUCCGAAGGUGUAAAAGGAGCAGUCAUUGGUAUUGAUCUGGGAACAACAUUUUCAUGUGUAGCAGUUAUGGAAGGAAAACAACCUAAAGUUAUAGAAAAUGCAGAAGGAUCACGAACGACUCCAUCUUAUGUAGCAUUUAGUAAAGAAGGAGAACGUUUAGUUGGUAUGCCAGCUAAACGACAAGCAGUUACUAAUUCAUCAAAUACAUUUUAUGCUACAAAACGACUAAUUGGACGAAGAUUUGAUGAUCCUGAAGUAAAAAAAGAUAUGAAAAGUGUAUCUUACAAAAUUGUCCGUGCCUCUAAUGGAGAUGCAUGGGUACAAGGAGGCGAUAGUAAAAUGUAUUCUCCUAGUCAAAUUGGUGCAUUUGUACUCAUGAAAAUGAAAGAAACAGCAGAAUCAUAUUUAAAUACAUCAGUAAAAAAUGCCGUAAUUACUGUUCCUGCAUACUUUAAUGAUUCUCAAAGACAAGCUACCAAGGAUGCUGGUCAAAUUGCUGGACUUAAUGUGCUUAGAGUAAUUAAUGAACCAACAGCAGCUGCUCUUGCAUAUGGCAUGGACAAAACAGAAGAUAGAAUUAUUGCAGUGUAUGAUUUAGGAGGCGGUACUUUUGAUAUUUCAAUUUUGGAAAUUCAGAAAGGAGUUUUUGAGGUUAAAUCUACAAAUGGGGAUACUUUCUUAGGAGGAGAAGAUUUUGAUAAUGCAUUGGUUAAUCACCUUGUAUCAGAAUUUAAAAAAGAUCAAGGUAUAGAUGUAACUAAAGAUGCAAUGGCCAUGCAACGAUUGAAGGAAGCUGCUGAAAAAGCAAAGAUUGAAUUGUCUAGUUCUUUGCAAACUGAUAUAAAUUUACCUUAUUUAACUAUGGAUUCUAGUGGACCGAAACAUUUAAAUCUUAAGCUUUCAAGAAGUAAAUUUGAAAACCUUGUUGCUGAUUUAAUUAAACGUACUAUUCAGCCAUGUCAAAAGGCACUUUCUGAUGCUGAAGUAACGAGAUCUGAUAUUGGUGAAGUAUUAUUGGUUGGUGGUAUGACAAGAGUACCAAAAGUUCAACAAACUGUGCAAGAAAUUUUUGGUCGACAACCAUCAAAGGCUGUAAAUCCUGAUGAAGCUGUAGCUGUAGGUGCUGCAGUUCAAGGUGGUGUUCUUGCUGGAGAUGUUACAGAUGUUCUUCUUUUGGAUGUUACACCUUUGUCACUUGGAAUUGAAACAUUGGGUGGAGUAUUCACACGAUUAAUUUCUCGGAAUACAACUAUUCCUACCAAAAAAAGUCAAGUAUUUUCUACAGCUGCUGAUGGUCAGACUCAAGUAGAAAUUAAAGUACAUCAGGGUGAACGGGAAAUGGCUAGCGAUAAUAAACUUUUAGGACAAUUUACUCUUGUUGGAAUUCCACCUGCACCUAGAGGUGUGCCACAAAUAGAAGUCACAUUUGAUAUUGAUGCUAAUGGUAUUGUUCAUGUGUCUGCUAGAGAUAAAGGAACUGGAAAAGAACAACAAAUUGUUAUUCAAUCAAGUGGCGGUCUUAGUAAAGAUGAAAUUGAAAAUAUGGUGAAAAAUGCAGAACAAUAUGCUAAACAAGAUAAAAUAAAAAAAGAAAGAGUUGAAGCUGUGAAUCAAGCUGAAGGAAUUAUUCACGAUACGGAAUCUAAAUUAGAAGAAUUUAAAGCACAAUUACCACAAGAUGAAUGUGACAAACUCAGAGAUUUGGUUGGGAAAAUGCGAGGAACAUUAGCUAAAAAAGAUGACACGGAACCAGAAGAAAUUAAAAGACAAACAAACGAAUUACAACAAGCGAGUCUUAAAUUAUUCGAAAUGGCAUAUAAGAAAAUGGCUGCAGAACGAGAAGGACAAAGCCAAAGUCAAAGUCAACAACAAGAAGAGAAACCUGAAAAGAAAGAAGAGAAGAAUUAAUUAUUUUUUUAUUGUAUAACAAGGAAUUUCUAACAAAGAGAAAUCCCGAAGUGUAACCCUAACUUUUUGAUGAGCCUUUAUAUAAUAAUACAUCAAAAAAACUGAAGUUAAAUGAUAUUUGAUUUUGAAAGGAAAUAAUUUUUUAGAUUUUAGUAAUGGUACUGCAUAGUGUAGCAACAGUUGUUAAGUGCUUGCUUAUGUAUAAGUGAAUCUCUUUUUAUAAAUGAAGUCUUACUUUAUAUGUCAGGAAUAUUCUCUCUGUUUCUUUCUCUCUUUUUUCUUCUCUUUAAUAUUAAAUAUUUCAUAAACUAUUAAACAGAUUAACUUCCAUAAAAUUAGUUAUCAUUAGUUUUAGUUUUUAAGUUCUACCUCUGUGUAAUGGCUCAUAAAAAAUGAAAGUAACACUUCGGAACUUCUACUUGUAAAGAGUGGCAUGCUAAUGUUGCAAUCGCCCAAGCGUUGGCAUUUUAAUCUGUGUUGUGCUGCGACAAGGAUUGCUACACAUUUUUUGUUAUCAAUUGAUUAAAAGACUAUUUAAGAAAGAAAGCGUUAGCACAUAGCGAAUUUGAUUUAAAUUAAAUAAAUAUAUCCGAACAAAAACAGUUAACAAAUAGUAAGUAAUAUGUACAUUAAUUUAAAAAAUCACGAAUUUUCGCAUAAAUUAUAUUUUUUCUGAUCAUAAUAAUUUGUUUACUUUAAAUAUGUUCAAAUUAAGUAUGAAAUUACGAAAAUCACAAUAUAUAUAAGCAUAUUUCCUGUAUUUUGACAAAAAACUACGUUUUAACUGAUUCGUAUGUUCAGGUGACACAAUUGAUUAAAUAAUAAAAACGUUAUAUUGUUUUGUUUAAUGGAAAUGUGUAAUGAAUAAUUUUGUAUAUAA